UAUCUCACCAACAUAGGGUUUCUCCUCCUCGGCAACCAUGGAGGGCUUGGAAUUUCACGAACCCCAAAUUCCCAUGGAAGAAAGUGAAGAUCUUUGCAAUUCUAUCCUCUCAAGAUUCGGUAAUUCGGCACAGGAAGACCAUCAGCACCUCUGCUUAGUCAUCGGUACCAUGUCCCAGGAACUCAAAGAUCAAGGACUUCCAUUAACAGCUAUAGCUUACUUUGGCGCAACAGUUUCUUCACUUAAUCGACUUUCCAAUGAACCCGGAGCUUCUGAUCCUAAAAUCCCAGCUUUUCUUACUCUUCUAUCAAUGAUUCUUCCGAGGGUGUCAGGUGCAGUUUUGAGAAAGAAGAGAGAUUUUGUUUCGGAACCGUUAGUUCGUGUCCUUCACCGUGACUCCGUGAAUGUAGGAGCUGUGACGUCGGGAUUGAAGUGCAUUUCGCAUUUGCUUAUUGUCAGUGAUAAGGAUAUCUGGUCGGAUUCUAACCCUUAUUGUCUUCAAAAUCUUUAUUCUGUUGUUCUGAGAUUCGUUACCAAUUCUGACGAUAAGAUAAGAAGGCAAUCACAUACAUGUCUUUGUGACGUCCUACGGAGCUUUCAAGGGUCACUGGUGCUGGCACGUGCUAGUGAUGAAAUCACAAAAAUCUUUGCAAAAUUUUUCCUACUUGCUGGUGGAUCAAAUCCUAAUGCUUCAGAAAGGCCCAAAGGAGCGCAAGAGGUUCUACAUAUUCUGUAUGCUUUGAAAGACUGCCUACCUCUAAUGUCCUUUAAGUCCACAACAGGCAUUCUAAAGUACUUUAAGACUCUCUUGGAAGUGCGACAACCCAUUGUUAUUAGACGAAUAACAGAUUGUUUGCAUGCACUUUGUAUCUAUCCAACAUCAGAAGUUUGUCCUGAAGCUCUGCUAGAUCUGUUAUGCUCUCUUGCAUCAUCUAUUUCUGCUGAUGAGAAGUCUGUGGAUGGCAUGACUUUCACUGCACGCUUACUAGAUAGUGGCAUGCGAAAAGUUUAUGCCUUGAAUAGGCAACUCUGCGUGGUUAAGCUUCCUCUUGUGUUCAAUGCGCUUGGAGAAAUUUUGGCAUGUGAGCAUGAGGAGGCUUUGUUUGCAGCCGUGGAAGCAUUAAAGAGUCUAAUAAUUGCGUGCAUUGAUGAAAGGUUGAUCAAGCAAGGGGUGGAUCAGAUUAUGGUCAAUACUGAAAUUGAUGCAAGAAGGUCACAGCCAACUGUCAUCGAAAAAAUAUGUGCCACGAUUGAAAGCUUACUUGGUUAUCAGUACAUUGCAGUUUGGGACAUGGUGUUUCAGGUUGUUUCAACAGUGUUUGAUAAACUAGGAGAAUAUUCCUCGUAUCUAUUGAGAGGAACCAUUAAGGGCCUAGCAGAUAUGCAGAAGCUACCAGAGGAAGACCUCCCUUCCAGGAAACAGCUUCAUGAAUGUUUAGGAUCAGCUCUUGGUGCAAUGGGGCCUGAAACUUUUUUAAGCUUAAUACCCCUUAAUUUGGAGGCAGAAGACCUCUCUGAGGUUAAUAUUUGGCUGCUUCCGAUUUUGAAGCAUUAUACUGUGGGCGCUCAUUUGAGCUUCUUUACAAAGUCAAUCUUGGGCAUGGUAGGACUGAUGAGGCAGAAAUCCCGGAAGCUUGAGCAAGAGGGGCGGAUCGUCUCAGCAAGAAGUGCAGAAGCACUUGCAUAUUCACUGUGGUCCUUGUUGCCUGCCUUUUGCAAUUAUCCUUUAGAUACUGCUAAGAGUUUCAAGGAUCUCAAAAAAGCGUUAUGCAGUGCCCUUCGUGAAGAGCCUGAUGUACAUGGGAUCAUAUGUUCCAGUCUGCAGAUUCUCAUUCAACAGAAUAAGAGAUUGCUGGAAGAGAAUAAGGAUCAGUCUAAUGAUGAAAUAAGUAUUCCUGAACAGAGAGCUCGGGCAUAUUAUACGCCACAAGUUGCAGCAGAUAAUUUGAAUGCCCUGAAGUCUUCUGCUCGUGAGUUCUUGUCAGUUUUAUCAGGGAUCUUCAUGCAUUCUUCAAAAGAUAGUGGUGGAUCUUUGCAGUCCACAAUCGGCGAGUUUGCUUCCAUAUCAGAUAAGGAAGUAGUCAAGAAGUUCUACAAAACUACAAUGCAGAAGCUUUUGGAGGUGACGAAGGAGGCUGCUAAGGCUGAACAGUCCAGAAACAGCGCUAUGCAGAUUGACGGUGCAGGGACUGAACAUUCACCAUCUCUUGCCAGGGCACAAGUAUUGGAUUUAGCUGUAUCUCUUCUGCCUGGUUUGGAUGUUGAAGGGGUUGAUGUUUUAUUUUAUGCAAUAAAACCAGCAUUAAGGGAUGAUGAAGGUUUGAUCCAGAAAAAGGCGUACAAAAUUCUUUCAAUUAUUCUCAGGGAUCGUGGUGAGUUCCUUUCAACCAAACUUGAUGACUUGCUAGGACUGAUGAUUGAAGCACUGCCAUCCUGUCACUUCUCAGCCAAACGUCAUAGACUUGACUGCUUAUAUUUCUUAACUGUCUAUGUUUCCAAGGAUGCAACAGAACAGAGGAAAAGCAACAUCAUUAGUUCUUUCCUAACUGAGAUAAUACUUGCACUGAAAGAGGCUAAUAGGAAAACAAGAAAUAAGGCUUAUGACAUCCUUGUCGAAAUUGGUCAUGCAUGUGGAGAUGAAAAUAGAGGCGGCAAAAAGGAGUUUUUGCUGCAGUUUUUUAACAUGGUUGCUGGAGGCCUGGCUGGUGAAACACCACAUAUGAUCAGUGCUGCAGUGAAAGGCUUAGCUCGCCUUGCUUAUGAAUUCUCAGAUCUUGUCUCAGCAGCUUACAAUUUGCUUCCAUCUGCUUUCCUCCUCCUACAGAGAAAGAACAGAGAAAUAAUGAAGGCUAAUUUAGGUCUACUAAAGGUAUUGAUUGCCAAAUCACAAGCUGACCGGUUGCAAACACACUUGAGAAGCAUGGUCGAAGGACUGUUGUUGAAGUCCCAAGAUGACGCUAAGAACCAUUUUAAAGCCAAGGUCAAGCAUCUCCUUGAAAUGCUUGUUAAGAAAUGUGGUCUACAGGCUGUUAAAGCUGUAAUGCCCGAAGAACACAUGAAACUCCUUACAAAUAUCCGGAAGAUAAAUGAACGGAAAGAGCGGAAAAGUUCAGGUAAUUCUGAGGACGAAGCUAGAUCUCGUCUUUCAAAAGCAUCCACAUCCAGGCUUAGUGGAUGGAAUCAUACAAAAAUAUUUUCUGAUUUUGGGGAUGAAGACUCUGAGGGCAGUGAUGCAGUGUACAUGGAAGCUACAACAGUUGGUGGUCACCGCAGCAAGGCUGCUCAGUCCAAAUUGUCUUUAUUAAGGUCAAAGAGAACUCAACGAGCAGCCAAAAGCUUGCCAGAGGAUUUUUCUGCCCAAUUAGGAGAUGAUCCACUUGACUUACUGGAUCAACAAAAGACAAGGUCGGCCCUCAGAUCCUCUGGACACCUCAAACGGAAGCCAGAUUCAGAUGAUGAGCCAGAGAUUGACUCUGAAGGACGCUUGGUAGUCCGUGAGGAAGGAAAGCCAAAGAAGAGAGAGUUCCCUGCUGAUCCUGACAUGGAUGUCAGAAGUCAAGGGAGCAGCCAUGUGUCUGCAAAGACAAAGUCUUCCAAACAAACCGAAAAGAAGCGCAGAAAGACAUCAGAAACUGGGUGGGCAUAUACGGGGAACGAGUACACUAGUAGGAAGGCUGGUGGCGAUGUGACGAGAAAGGGAAAGCUUGAGCCAUAUGCAUACUGGCCACUUGAUCGCAAAAUGUUAAGCCGUAGACCAGAGCAGCGAGCAGCUGCAAGGAAGGGUAUGGCUAGUGUGGUAAAGCUGACAAAGCAGUUCGAAGGCAAGAGUGCAUCAAGUGCACUGUUGGUGAAGGCUAUGAAGUUCAAGAGGAGUCAGAAGAAGAGCAGCAAAAAGAGCAGGUAGAGAGAUGUGAAACUCAUUUGUCAUCUGUAGUGUAGAAAGAAUAGAGUGGUAUAUACCGGCAUUUUGAUUAAAAUUAUCCUGAAAUGUGACCAACGUCGGUGUCAUGUUCAAGGAGUAUCAGAUCUCCAUAAUGUAUUUAUCGAUGAUUUUAGGGAAGGAACCCAAGUUGAUGAGUAUAA